UCAUUUCAUUGUCACGUUUCUGCUGUAGAGUCAACAUUGAGCACUCGCUUCAAAAACAACGAUCGCGAAUGGCGGAAGAUCAUCGUUCAACGCAGUCUCUCAAGAUACUACUAGGUGUGAGCACCAUCCUCACUGCUCUUCUAGCGAGUGGUCUUGACGGCAUCAAGCUGCCGUGCCCAGUUGGACGGGAAUGUCCACAAGAGCUGCUCCCGCUGCCUCACUGCAACGCGUCUCAGUUGGCGGAUGGCAGAGUAGAAGCCUUGUGCAAGAUUCUCAUCAAGGCGCCACCGCUGCUGUUUUUCAUACCGUCGGACCCCGAGGUCAUGACGCUGGACGAACUUCUCAUCUCUGAUGUCCCACUGGCGCACAAUGAGGUCGCUGUGAUGUCCCUCACGCGGGUGCAUGUAAAAAAAUGGGACGAUUUUCCGCUCAGCUCGACAAACCGUUAUGACUGUUUCAUAAGCAAUUCGAGCAGCUUAUUGGAGCACGUCGCCUUGUAUUCCUUCAUGGUCUUCGUCAGACAGCUCGAGCUUAGUGUGACGUUCCCAAAGCCCGUGAAAAUUGCAAUCGCGAAUUGCUCAAAAGCACAGGAAAGUUCGAAAGUCCACUGCGAUGUCUACGGCUUUAAGAGGCGCUUCAUAAAUAACGACAGCUUACCCGCUCCCAUGAAGAAGUUCCCCAGUAUCGCCCUGACACUAGUGCUAAUCUAUCAGUGGAACGUGGAACACGCCGUCACCUCGAAAAUAAAUGUAACGUUCUCCGGGCGCGUCAAGAGCAUUCCGUCUGUGGCCUUACAAAUUAUUGCCCCGUUCCGUUUUACACGCCUUGUUUUAUACAGGUGCAACUUCAAGGAAAUAAGGGGCGAAGACAUACCGCUAAUGCGCUAUUUAAAACAACUAGAUUUCGUUUAUGCUCCGAUCACUCGCGUGCAUGCCAACGCAUUUGACCUUAUACCGGACAUAGAGAACAUUUCUCUCAUAGGAACCAAUCUAGCUUUUAUCCCCGAGGGCGUGUUCAAAUUGAAUAAACUUCGUCGGUUAAAUAUGGCGGCGACAGUGACGUCUCCGAACGGGACCUUUCGUAUUUGUCCGGGGAUAUGCAAGCAAACAAGCUCUCUUCUGGAGCUGAUCUUAGCAGGGACGACUGUAGAGGACUUACGUGAUGGCGUGUUUUGCGUAUUUCGUAACUUGCAGUUUCUCGAUCUUAGCAGAUGUUCGAUCAAAGUGCUGUAUGGUUCCCCGUUUACAUGUCUGUGGAAUCUUCGUGAACUGGACAUGCAGUCGAACCAAAUCGUGUCGAUUAGUGCGAAGGCCUAUGCAGGCUUAAAGCGGUUAGAAAUUCUUAACUUGAGAAAUAACAAGAUCAGCACUCUUUCCGGCGUUGCAAUAUUCGGAAACCUCGGAUCGAUCGAAUUAUUAGACGUCUCCUUCAACCAGAUUAAGAGCCUGGAACACUUCAGAGCUGACAGAACAUCUGUAAGGUUCCUAGACUUAUCCCACAACUUCAUUUCCAACUGGAGAGUGCCACUGUUUUCUCUGAUGCACGGCUUACGCACACUUGUGCUCUCAUCGAACUUAAUGUACACAAUAGACAGCCGCACGCUCCAGGAUAUUCAGCACGUAGAAACGAUUAACCUUUCAGACAAUCCCUGGGAUUGUGGCAGCUGUUUGCUGAAUAAUCUACAUGUUCUCUUAAACAGCAGUGCGAAACGUAGUGCUAACGAAGUAGUGUGCAGAGAACCAGAGAGGUACGCUAAUUUAACUGCAAUCAAUGUAAAAUGGAAUUCGGACAUAUGCGGCCCUGUAGACUUCUACGCGGCAGUGUGGGUGCCGCUGCUUUUCACCACCCUCGCUAUCACUGUUAUCAGCUACGGAUUGUACACGAAGCGCUGGUACAUGAUGUAUGCACUUUUGUACUUACGGGUUAAGAUAAAGAACUACAAACGGCAGUCCCACUCUGGCCGUUUUAUGUGGGACGCCUUCUUGUGUUACCAUAUUUCUGAUGCCAGUUGGACCAGGAACGUUCUCUUAGCAAAACUGGAAUCCCCGCCCAUGCGGUAUCGCGUUUGCGUCGCGGAACGAGAUUUCAUUCCGGGAAUUCCAAUAACCGAGAACAUCUGCCGCUGCAUCUCUCAAAGUCGGGUGUCUCUAUUCGUCAUUAAUGCAGAAUUCUGCCGAAGUCGCUGGUGCAUGUUCGAGAUGAUGCUUGCGCAGCAUCGCCUGUUCGAGUCUGAGAGGGAUGAGCACAUCGUGUUCAUCAAGAAAGGCCCGAUCGAUGAGUCCGAAAUAACUCCGAUGCUGUCGUAUCUCAUAACGUCGAGAACGUACAUUGAUGUGCCCCAAAGUGGGAGCGAUGAACGCCUGCAAGACAUUUUUUGGCUGCAACUCCAAGUGGCGCUGCAGCAAUAA